AUGCAGCCCAAGGCGCGGAGCUCACAUCGCACCACUGGCUUUAUCAGCCUCUUUGUGGAAGGAUGCAAAAAUCAAACCACCAUGCUCACUCGGCAGGCACUGCACUGGCACAGACGUACUCCUCCACAGCGGUCUCCAGAAAACUUCAUCCACGUGGUGUUAGAAAUAAGGAUGCCUCUGAAGGUUCAGGAUCUUGCUUGUCAAGAAGCAUCUGAUCCACACUUUACCUGUGAAAUACAGAGAUAUUUAUCACAAGACCGGGACAAGCCCUCCCAGAUCCGCUUCAGCAACAUCUCCGCCGGCAAAGCUGUUGCCGAUGCAAUUAGAACAAGCCUUGGACCAAAGGGAAUGGAUAAAAUGAUUCAGGAUGCUAAAGGAGAUGUGACAAUCACUAAUGAUGGUGCUACUAUUCUGAAACAAAUGCAGGUUCUGCACCCUGCAGCCAAAAUGUUGGUGGAGCUGUCAAAAGCACAAGAUAUUGAAGCUGGUGAUGGCACUACCUCGGUUGUGGUCAUUGCUGGAGCUCUUUUGGAUGCCUGUUCCAGACUUCUUCAGAAAGGAAUUCACCCCACCAUCAUUUCAGAGUCAUUCCAGAAAGCUUUGGAUAAAGGCAUUGAAGUAUUGAGCAACAUGGCGCAGCCGGUUGAACUGAGUGACAGAGAAACCUUGCUGAAUAGUGCAACUACUUCGCUGAAUUCAAAGGUUGUGUGUCAGUAUUCUAGUUUGCUUUCUCCCAUGAGUGUGGAUGCAGUGAUGAAGGUGAUUGACCCAACUACAGCUAAUAGUGUGGACCUCAGAGAUAUUAAAAUCGUUAAGAAGUUGGGAGGCACAAUUGAUGAUUGUGAACUGGUUGAAGGACUAGUCCUGACUCAGAAGGUGGCAAAUACCGGUGUAACCAGAGUGGAAAAAGCCAAAAUUGGCCUCAUUCAGUUCUGCUUGUCUGCUCCAAAGACAGAUAUGGACAACCAAAUAGUUGUUUCUGAUUAUGCUCAAAUGGACAGAGUACUGCGUGAAGAGAGAGCCUAUAUUCUAAAUUUAGUUAAGCAAAUUAAGAAGGCUGGAUGCAAUGUGCUGCUUAUUCAGAAAUCUAUUCUGCGGGAUGCUCUUAGUGACCUAGCCCUCCAUUUUCUGAACAAAAUGAAGAUCAUGGUGGUUAAAGACAUUGAAAGAGAUGACAUUGAGUUUAUUUGUAAGACAAUUGGAACUAAGCCUGUUGCUCAUAUUGACCAGUUUACUCCUGAUAUGCUGGGGUCUGCUGAGCUGGCAGAGGAGGUCAAUUUGAACGGUUCUGGGAAACUAAUAAAGAUCACGGGCUGCACAAACCCUGGAAAAACUGUAACCAUUGUGGUACGUGGAUCCAACAAACUUGUUCUAGAAGAAGCUGAACGUUCCAUUCAUGAUGCCCUAUGUGUCAUAAGAUGCUUAGUUAAGAAAAGGGCUUUAAUUGCAGGAGGUGGAGCACCAGAGAUAGAGUUGGCACUGCGCUUGAAUGAGUACGCUCGCACUUUGAGGGGUAUGGACUCGUACUGCGUCCGCGCAUACGGAGACGCACUGGAAGUUAUACCAUCGACGCUGGCUGAAAACGCAGGGCUCAACCCUAUUUCAACAGUAACAGAGCUGAGAAACAGACAUGCUCAAGGAGAGAAAACAGCUGGCAUUAACGUCAGAAAGGGUGGCAUUUCCAACAUUUUGGAGGAGUUGGUUGUCCAGCCACUGCUCGUGUCUUUGAGUGCAUUGACUCUCGCAACAGAAACUGUGCGCAGUAUUCUUAAGAUUGAUGACGUGGUGAACACGCGGUAAGCUGAACAAAGGAAGUUGGGACUGAAGCUCCUUCCCCGUAGUCCGGAAUGCGGUUUCCUCACCAAAAGCGCCUGUGUGAAUUGUCUUAAACUCCACAAAGGCUUAUGUACUUCUAUCACGUUAAUUUAAUAACAUUUCUGGUUUCAGAAAGGAAGUGCUGUUUAUCAAUAAACAUGCAGUAGUCUA